GGGAAGUUGACAGCAGCGAUAAGACACUGGGUCGGAUAAAACUAGAUAAAGCUAUCUCUACUGUGUCUCUAUCAUGGCUGUCAGAGUUCCAUUUGAAAAUCUUGCAAAAAUUCUAACCCAGCUCGCCAUAGGACUACCCUACACCGCUCAGAUGUACGGUGUGGUUCGAAGUUUCAUUAGAAGAGUUCCGAGUGGUUUGGAAUUGUGGGUAAACAAUUUAGAUUUACCGCAGGUUUUCAUAGUCAGCGCCAACCAAACUAAGAGUAAGAAUAUCUACUGCAGUUCACUGGUCAACGUUUAUUGUAGAAACCAUGACGAUCUCCGUGACGUCAUACUGACGCCAGGAGUGUUGAAUCCGAAACAAGAAUUAUUCUUCAGAGGUGUGAACUCAGAAACAUUAGAACGCUUAGAAGACAUUUUUCCUCCAGGAAGUUUUCAUGAUGUAUCCGUCCCCGGAACAACUCGUCUGUAUUUCACCUCCCUAGAGUCAGAUAUAAUGGAAGUUAAUAUUCCGGACGAUUUCCUCAUUGGUCCAUUCAAUGAGGAAGUAUCCAAUAGGAUCGAAGAAGUCUGGAAAUUCACACCACGUGGUAUCAGUCAGAUGAAGCUGGAUGAACGCAAGUGGGGGCUUCCUGGAUUCGCUGUAUAUCACAAAACUUCCGGUAGUCUCGCCGGAUGGGCCGUGCAAAACAUCGAUGGAAUUAUGGGACAUUUAUUUGUGGAAGACGAAUAUCGCAAUAGAGGUGUGGCCAAAUUUCUGACAUCGAUUCUCACUAGGAGCAUAAUAAAACGAGACGGUUUUGUAGCAGCGGAGAUCAUGAAAAAUAAUGCUUUGUCUCAGACUGUGACGAGUUAUAUUGGGCUGACAGAAGUAAAAAAUGUCGAGUUCAAGUGUAGAAUGUUUAAAUUUAAAUCGUGAACUGACUGUUGGGCAUCUUCCUGAGUCAAUAUAUUUGUGAUCUACCACAUUUCUCACAAAUGCUUCGUUACUAAUAUCGCCAUCUAUUUUUUAAAAUUUAUUUUUUUGGUUAUUGACCCGAGUUGAACCUUGACGUCUAACCAAUUAGAGUUCAAGGUUAUAUAUGCAAUACUAGAUACACACAUCCGGGGACUGUGCACAAGUUGUACGAGCCUUCUCUGUCUCUUUAACAGAGCCUAAACUCAACAGAUAUCUUCGUUAGUGGCGGCUAUAAUUCGUUAAUAAUAACAUAGAUGUGAUACCCAGACUGGAACAAGUGUGUCGCCAUUAUCUGAUUAUGUGUUGGAUGAAGCCUGUCCGAGUUGAGGUAUCCGGUCCCCAAAUGUCGGUGGUUUGUGAGGAACUUGGUAGAUCACAGACGUUUGACUUCAGAUUGAUUGAUUGAUUUUUUUUACGCCGUUUUGGCAAUAUUUCAGCCAUUUUACGGCGGUUUUUAGGUUGAUCUUGAACUCCAUGUUUAGUUUGAAAUAAAAUGCUAAAAUUUCAUUAUAAAACUAAGGUUUUGGCGCAGAAUAUUUUCAGAGUAAAAAUCUUUAUGAUUGAAACGACUUUGAGUGUGUGACGUUAAGACUCGUGAGUAAAAUUUGAAUGUAGAGUUUUCAAUAUUCAUGGAGGAUAUAAACUGUAGUGCAUAUACAUUCCUGUAUAACUAGCUAUGAUAUGUUUACGUCUGAGUGCAGAAUGUAUUUAAGACUCAAUUCAUGAAUGUUCAUAUUAAAUAUAUACCAUAUGAGCUGAGCUAUGUGUACAUAUUACAUACACCAUGAGCUGAAGAACAGAUUCCAAUCAUGUCCCGAGUUCAGAAAUAUUCAGGGUUAGGUUUUGUUGUGUACUGGAUAUUUUCUUUACUUAUGAACUCAUUUUGACCAAGAAAUAUUCAAGUUUAUAUGGUGACCAGAGUUCGGGUACAUAGAAUAGACACGAAUUGUUACUAGGAAUUCAAAUUUUUAUCAACAAACACUGUUUAAUAUACAUUUAUACUUUUUAUUGCUCAAUACGGACGUCUUUUUGCAUACCUGUAUUCAUUGAAAUUGUAUAGCAUGGUGAUUUUACAGAAAAUGCAACAUUAUUACGUAAUUUAAAUACAUAAUGAAGACAUUUCCCUAAGUUACACAGCUCUUUAAAAUUCUUUGCACUUAAUAGUUGUAUACCUUUAAAACUGAUAGGUUUUCCCCCAGUAAUAUACUUUAAUCUAUAUCCUACACAAUUCGUUUAAGUAAGGACAUUUCAAAACAAAUCAAUAUUCACGACACAGUUUACAAUUGCUACAUUAAAGUGGUGUCUGCUUUCACUGGAAGACUAUUUCUACUCAUUUGUUUCUUAUAUACACGUGAUAGUGACUUCAUCAAGUAAAAUAAUAAUGAAAAAUUGUCAUAAAUGUGCAUAUAAAUUUUACACUGUAUCUUAAUGAAGAUUUGAUUUGUUCAAUAAAUAUUCUACAUAAACAUA